UAAUGGAGACACGCUAAAAAGUCUGUAAAGCAAGUAUGAAGGACAAAUUUAAACUAGAAAAGGGACCGGGGAGGCAAAGGGUGUGUACUGGUGAGAUCUGAGAUUGAGGUUGGGAUACCUUACAGUGGAACUGCUAUCCUACUGUCUUUUGCCAUGACAAGAGCAGGUGCCAUCAAACUCAGCAUCCUCUUCUUCCUCACCUUAAUCCUGUGUCUACCAGAGUUUUUCCCAAAAGUAUCACAGAUUCAGUUUCUCUGUGAGCAUUUUGACCCGUGUAAACCUGAAAAUGGCUCAAGUGAUGCACAAGCAUGUGGCCAGGCUGAUCAUACAUGUACUACAGUAAUAACAAAUGCCAGAAGUCAGGACAGACAUGGGGAAGGCUGGUAUCUGUGUCAGGCUGAGAUGGAUCUGCAUGAUCUCCAGAACAAUACCUUGCUGUCAGGAGAGCAUGUGAUGAUGGAACUGACACUAAAGGCAGACAAUCUCUCUGCAUGGAAUAUUACACAAAAGAUUACACUAUCUAUGCAAGUAACUAAUUCUACCCAUGAGCUCAACUGCCAACAAAGGAGCAGUGGUUACCUUUUUUACUACCAGGAAAACAAUCAGACAGCAAGAUCUCCUGCAUAUCCAGUGACACACACAAACGUAGAGAGUUGGUGCAGUGUGAUUACCGAAGUCUGGGUGAUUCUGGUAGGGACUGUGCUAGUGGUGGCUUUACUGAGUGUGGGCUGCCUGAUCUCCAAGAGCAGACAUCUUUACCAUAGAACGUCCCAUUUGGUGGCAUAUGUACCAGAUUCAGCUUGUGACUAUCGGCUCAAAGAGCUCAACAGUAAAAGAGAAAAUUAUGAUGAUGAAGAUGAAGAUGAUGUAUUCUCUGAGAUCUCUUCAACAGAGAACAGAACAGAUGAAAACCUGCGCAGGGUGGAUGAAGUCAUGUACAAGAGAAGAUUGUCACCUAUUUUUGAGAUGACAGAGACCUCACUUGAUGAUAAAUACCAUGAGGAAGAUGAGGAAGUUGGUCAGUGUAAUGCCCUGGUAAUAAAGCAAGCUCACCAACGAAGCAACCCUUCUUGCUCCAGUCAAGAAAUAAAUGACACAUUUUAAGCAGAGGGACUUAUAUAAUAUAGAAUAGACUCUUUAUUUACUUUCACAUGAAGUUGAAAUGAGCAUAACAUUUUGAAGGUGUCAUUAAUGUUCAUUUUAUUAGGCGACUAUGAGAAUUGUUAAUACUGUACUAUUACUCAAGCUAAUAAACUAAUUCAUAAUACGCAAUAAACUGUUAAAGUAUGUAGUUAAUAUGAGUGUAGCAAUGUUCACGUUAACACGUUAUCUUGUAUUACCAUAUAUAGCCUACAUAAGAAUGAAUGGUUAUUUGUUUUAUUUGUGUAUUAUUUGUAUACAUAUUUGUAUUUUUUAAAAUUGUUUUGCUACUUAGAAAUAUACAUUUAAAUUAUUUGAUAUCACGAGAAAAAGGCACCACUAGACAGCAAUAAAAAAAAUACAGAUAAAAAAUUAUAUAUAUAUAUAUACAUACAUGCAUUCAUUGAUUUACGUUUAGUAGAGAAAUACGUUUACAGUUCAAAUUAUGGUCACUCCAGGGAUGCUUGUGCAUCAGACGCUGGAAAUGUCCCGCCCUUACUAAAACGGAAAAUAUGAUUGGUUAGCAAAUAUCUAGUUGCGUCUGAAAUGAACGUUCUGAUUGGUGGAUCAGUUUAGUCGGACUGUCUUGCCAUUGCCAUCUGUUGCACAGCACUCUCGCAGUUUAGUGGCUGUGCCCGUUUUGAGAGAAUCUCUGUACAUUUAUAUAAUCCUAACAUAUACACAACUCACUCAACGGAGCUGCGGCAAAAAGUUCUGGUUUAACAGACUACUCGUUGUUCUGGCGGCCAUACGUAUCAUCACUUAUUUCAGGUGGGCAUACGCAAAAUCCUAAAAAACAUAUGCAUGUCCGGUGCUGUUCUCAAUGCAUGUUACAGGCGGACCGAACUAUAUUGAUCGUUACAUCUGAGAUGAAGUUCGUGUAGAGUGACCACCGAUACCCGAUCCGAGUAAAAGCGUAUCGGUCGGUGCCAUCCCCAACAUAAACCCUACACCUACCUCAACCUCAGUAGCACCAAAUUAAUCUUUUAAGAAAUUUGCGAAACAACAUGUAGUUACAAAAUAAGUACACUCUAUUGCAUGUAUGCUAUGGAUACACUAAUGUGAUUUCUUAAUUAUGUGACAACACACCAGUCUAAAGCUUGUGGGUAUUAAAAAAAAGAUUAACAUUUUUAUAAAGCUCUUUCCAUCACCAAAAAAAAUAUUUUAAAUUAAUAAUUUGCAGAUAUUAUACAUUAAACUACUGUCUGUUACAAAAUCUAACAACUGGAUGGUGAGGUUUUUUUAGUUGUAACUAAAUAUUGUGAUUUUUUGCAAUCGUAAAAUUGCAAUAUGUUUUCAGUAGAUAUCUAUAGGCAUUGGCCAUUAAAUAAAACAAAUCAGACCACUAGUCAAUGCUUUCAUACGCUUUCAAAAUUAAAUACAAUUUGACAAGCAAACUGUCCAUUUUGACAAGCUAAAUGCCAUUUGGCCUCCAAAAUAAUCAUAUUUCUUCAUUCAAUUCAAAUAAUUGCUCUGUC